GAGAACUUCAACAAAGGCUGUUUGUGGCAACAACUGUUAGCCAUGUGACACUGCUUCCUGUAAUGUGCCUCUGUACUCUACAGAAACUUCAGUGAAGCAAGAUACUGUAGCCCCACUCUUUGCUCAUUCCAAAGUUAUACCAGGUUUUAAAGUAUAUCACCACCUUUACGUAUAGCUGCACCAAUGUUACGUCGAAAGCCUUCCAAUGCUUCGGAUAAAGAACCAAAUCAGAAGAGGAAGCUGUCUCUUCAAAGAUCAAGCAGCUUCAAGGAUUUUGUCACUAGACCCAAGCCUUCAUCCCCUGUGGUAGCCGACAAGGAAUUCCAGCUGGAAGAUGAUAUCGCUGAGGUUGAAGGGCUGGAUGAAACCAAUAAGGGAAGUGGCAGCAAACUGGGUAAAAAAUGGAGGGCAGUCAUCUCUCGAACCAUGAACAGGAAGAUGGGGAAGGCAGUAGCCAAAGCUCUACAAGAAAAUAUGGUUGAGAGUGGUGAUGAAGGGUCUAUGUCUCCCAUGACCCCAGAUGAAGAAAUCAUGUACAGAAAUGAGAAGGUAGCACUUUCAUAUAUGUACUCAGAUGAGAAUCCACACAGCCCUGCCAGCAGGCAGACAUCAAGUGGUAGCGAGAUUCAGAGCCCAGACUUCACAGGAAGUAGUCGAAACAGUAUGCGCCUGGAAGACAUGACUUCACUUUACACUGGGCCUUUCUGUGGUCGAGCACGUGUCCAUACAGACUUCAUUCCUAGUCCUUAUGAUAUUGAAUCAUUAAAACUCACGAAAGGGGACAUUAUAUAUAUUAUUGAAAAGCCUCCUGUGGGUACCUGGACAGGUGUGCUAAGGAACAAAGUAGGAUCAUUCAAGUUCAUUUAUGUAGACAUCCUUCCGGAGGAAACGGAGCAACCCAAGCCUUCCCGGACUCAUUCCAAAAGCAAACGUCCCAAACCAAAGAACCUACAGGAACUGCUGGAGAGAAUCAACCUUCAGGAACACAUCCCGACUUUGUUACUGAAUGGGUAUCAGAGCCUGGAUGACUUUAAGGAACUAAAAGAACUGCAUUUGAAUGAACUAAACAUCACUGACCCAGAGGACAGGGCAAAACUCCUAACAGCAGCAGAUCUUCUAUUCGAUUAUGACACUGGAAGUGACACAGAUGAUGGCAAAAAGGACAACAAACCUGAACUGCAGCCGUCUACAUCUGACUCUAGUGUUGAUGUUCCGAGGGAUUCUGGGUGCUAUGAGGGCUCUGACAGCUUGGAAAAUGGCCGUGAUGACUGUGAUACCAGUAUCGAAGAACAACUUCAAAAUCUUGUUAUAGUGGAUUCUCCUUGACUGAAAAGAUGGAAUGAGAGGCAGAAGUAGAAAUUCAGAGGGGGUACUGCAGGAAUUCAAUAAUAAUGGCAUUUAGCUUAUUGUGAAGAUAAAUCUCACUUUUUCAACUGAGAAUAUUUUUGGUUCUGAUUGUUAUUUUUAUUAUACAAUAAGAGACUGCAUUACAGUACAUAUAUAAAAUUGUACAUGCACCCAUUCUGCAGUGGCUAAAAUGUAAAAGUAAGCUACAAAAAGCAAAAUGCUCUGGAAAACAAAUACAGUGAGCUAAGCAAAACAGAACCAUUUGUCAAUGUACGCUCAGAAUGAACAAUGUCUCGACUGUAAGAUACAAAGGGAAAAGAAUAUCGCACCAUUAUCAGAUCUCGUCAACUGAAUGUCCCUGUGUGACUGCAAAUACGCCUGUUUUGACAAUGUAGUGUUUGCUGUGAUAACAAACUUUGUACGAAGAUGAGGAAAAAUACUAUCUGCCUUAGAUUUUGGGCAGUAGAAAGUGGACUGAAAACAAUUCAUCUUAUCUCAACUUAAUGCUUAUUUCAUUGCUUUGUCAAAAUUAGUAUUAUAGUUUGAUUUCAUAGGUAACUGAUAUUGUGACUAUCAUAUUAUGAUUGUAUUACAAGUAUGAAAUUGCUAUUUUUGUGGUGUAUGCAUACUUUAUUUUGAGGGUCAAAACUUCCUGAUGGACAUCAGAGACAUUUUAUGGCAUCCCUUAAAGCUGUAAGGGUUACAUACACAAAUCUAACAACAAAAUAAUAAUACAACAACCAAGCUACUUACAAAAGUGCACUAUACUUUUUUUUUAGUUGUGACAUUUCUGUUUGAAAAUAUUACCCUCCUGUUGUUGUAACUGUGUCCAUCUCUCAUUAUACAGUAGUUGUUAGUUGUGAUGUUGCCACAUAAGCAUUUUAAAGUUUUCAUGUACACACACACACACACACACACACACACACACACACACACACACACACACACACGCACACAAGACAGUUUGUUGUCCAUUCUACUUUUCUAUCAACUUAGAAUGAUUAAAAAAAAUUUUACCAGUUA